AUGGCAAGGAAUCCGAUCCGAUCCUACAGCGACAACUGGCCUCUCUACUUCGAAGCUCGACGAGGAUCACCGGGUUUCGCAGAGGAUCAACAAGGAAGACGACGUCGGAUGCUUGAUGCUGGAAGGAAGAUGCUGCCCACUGCCAGGAAGCUUCGGAUGCGCUACACAUUGCUAUUUCUUUUUUUUCGAAGACUGAUCGACGUCAUUGAAGUAAAAAAAGUACUAAAAGGCCUCGGGUCGCCAUUGAAUCUUCGGCAUUUUGAAACUACAAUAACGUUUCGGAUUUCAACUACUGUAUUUCAUUCUCUACACGUUCCAACUACAGUAAUCUAUUGGGUCUUUCAAACUACAGUAAUCUUCUACCACUAA